AUGCCUCGGCGGGAGCUGAAUCAGUUAGCGAUGUUUGCCCGGGAAGGACCCAGCUGCAAAGGUCAGAGUUCACCAGGCACCUGCAACUACCUCCACAGCUCGGAUUUAUUUACAUCCACUCCUCACUUCCAGCUACCGGAAUAUCCUUCAGGGCUAAGGAUUAGUUUCCACUUCGCCGAGCGUAUCCUCUCCGUCUUGGGGAUUUACUGA